AUGGAAUCAGGAUUACAAAAUUCAAGACAGGAAGGCUGCUAAUAAUUUGAUCUAGUUAUGGAAUACAGCAUAAGACGAUCAGUCAAUAUUUCUUUUAUUAGGGUAUUAAGAAAAAUAACACCAUAAAAUAUUAACUUUGGUAUAGAAAAAGAGGAGGCUAAUCUCCAAAAAUAACAUGAUAAAUGGGUCGACCUUCUUUACAUAAAACACCUCUCUUGUUAUCAUCGUUAUAUUUGUGAAUCAAGCAUUCGAGUGUUUGCAUCUUUCGACAACAGAUACCAUGGUAAGAAUUUUAAAAUGAUCAAUGAAAAUUUGAAGGAAUAAAAUGUUUAAUCUUUCAAAUUUUUAAAACAUAAAUGUUGAUAAAUAUUUAAUAGCUAUUUAAAUUGGUAGUCUAACAUUUUGUCAUCGUCAACUAAAUUUAAGUCAGUCUUUCAGAUAACCUACUAUAGAUGUAGAAUGACAGAAAGGUUUCCACUUUAUACUGUUAUUAAAUUUCAUUAUUUUAACAGACGACAAUUUACAUUUACUUUUUAAUUCGCUUAAUCUAUAUGCUCGUAUCUAUUUACUUGUUUCAAAACUGAUCUUCCAAAUAUUUUGAUUCUUUAAUUCAUUCAUUUAUAGUGUUUCUUUUUUUUAAAAGAUAUUCAUUUAUCAAUUCAUGUUAUUUAUUUAUUCAUUUGACGUCUCGAAAUGAGUGAAAAUUUCUUGACAGGACGUAAAACAAUCAGUCUAUCAAUAUUUAUUCAUUUAUAUAUUCAUGUUAUUUAUUUAUCUGUUUUUGAUUAUUCAUUUAUAUAUUCGUUUUGUUUGUUUAUAUGAUUAGGUUUAUUUAUCUUUGUGUUUAUUCAUUUAUGUGUUUUUGUUUGUUCAUGUUUAUUUUUUUUAUGUGUUUAUCUAUUGAUGUGUUUUUGUUUAUUUACGUGUUUGUGUUUAUUUAUUCAUGUUUUUGUGUUUAUUCAUUCAUGUGUUUGUGUUUAUCUAUUCAUGUGUUUGUGUUAAUUCAUUUAUGUGUUUUUGUUUAAUUAUCCAUGCGUUUGUGUUUAUUCAUGUUUUGUGUUUAUUUAUUUAUUUACUUAUCUAAGGCUGUCCAGACGACAGUGUUGCUGUUCGUCCUAGCCUUUAUCAUCGGAUCAGCAACAGGUCAACUUUUCAAUAACCACAGAGGGCCUUGGAAUGUGGUGUUCAAGCUUCCCAAGGGAGCGCGACCCCCGGGCUACAGCAGUAUCAAUGAAUUUUGGACAGCCAGUGGACACUAUAACGGAGAAGAUGUCUCCGCCAUGAGGGACUUCAGCGCCAGCAGUAAAAUCUACAAGUCUAAAUGGUUAGAUGAUUGGAUGACCCGCAGUUUCUCAGCCGUCCGUCUCUCAGCUUACAAGGACAAUAAAGAGGUAGCGUAUGUCGUGUUUGACAGCAUGGGUAAGAGCAAGAACGAGUGGUUAGACUGUAACAACAUCAUCGAGUCCAGCUAUACUGAUAUCACAACAGCCACCAAAAACUACUGCGAGAUGAACCCAAAUACUGGACGACGUACUUUCUUCAUAAACCACGACUACGGCGGUUGUAACAUAGACUCUGGUUGGAUGAUGCUAAAGGAUUAUGACGCCACCACGGAGUGCACGGAGUGGGACGUCAUGGCCGGAACCCCUUACUUUUUCUACUCAACCACGACAUCCUAUCAGACCUGGGCAACGGGAAGCAAGGGUACUGCUGAUGUAAUGGUUGUUUCUGUGAUGGCGUGGGACAUGGUGUUCAAAGGAGUAGAGGGGGUCCCCCCGCCCCAAGGAGGCCUGAGGCAGCUGUGGCAAUCCUCAGACACCCUGAACAGUGACAAACCGUCCGCCCAGACCCUGACUAAGGCUCCUAAUCUGGUGUACAAAUCCAAAAACGUGGAGUCAUGGCGGAGCAUUCCUGGCUUCUUCAUUGAAAGUGUUAAAUACGCUUAUUUCACCAAUGGUGUUGAGGUUGCCUUUGUUAUUUUUGAUGGCCGUGAUGCUGACAAAAACGGCUGGUUCAACGAUGAUCGAAUUCUGUAUUCGUAUUGGACAGAUAUCAUCGGGUACACAAAGGUCGGAUCCAGCAUUAAUGGUGAUGGGACUCGAAGAUUCUGUGUUCACAAAGAACAUGGAGGAUGUCCAAAUGACAAGGCCUGGAUGAACAUUCUGGACUCCUCGGAUUCUGGCCAGCCCUGUUCAUGGGAUAAGAAUGUCAGACCCCGCCCAUACUUCCUUUACAGUAAACAGAAAACAUGGGCUCUUUGUCAAGCCAAUGGUGCUUGGAAUGAGGCUGAAUUUCCUGCUGCAGAAACUAUGGCAAUAUUUGUAAAAGGUUGGCGGAUGGUUAUGAAAAUUGCUCACGCAAUGUCUAUUUCGCCGGCCUCCUCUGUCUACGACCUGUGGAGUGGAACGUACACGCUCAAUGAAUUUGACACGGAUGCGCUGACCAUCGGCACGGGGACAAAGACCUACAAAUCCAGUGUAGUGGACAACUGGAAUGACUACCAUAUCUCAGCGGUGAGAGUGAGCUACUACUCCAAAGGGAAGGAGACAGCCUAUGCGGUGUUCGAUGCCCACGGUGUUUCUGACAAGAACGGCUGGUUUGACUGUAAAAACCUUUUAUAUACAGCCUAUGACGAUCUGAACCGCCUAAAAACUGUAUCCUAUUGUGGAAUUCCUGGGGAUGGAAAUCUGCAAAGGCGUUUCUUCGUCCAGAACAAUUACGGUGGGUGCCAGAACGAUGCUGGAUGGUUCCUGGUGGUAGAGAAAGACUCCUGUGAUUGGGAACGAAAAACUACUCGUCCGUUCUUCCUGUACAGUGGACUGACGGGUAGAGAUUUACAAGACAAUAUGGUGAUCGCCGAUCUCUUCUUAAUUUCCGUUGUGAUGGACAAUUGCUACCCUAAUCCAUGUCAAAAUGGUGGCGUGUGUUAUGACGAGGGAAUGGACUACACAUGCACGUGCACGGGAGAUUGGUUAGGCCAAAGAUGUACUGACACGCCCCCCAUUAAUGGCGGAUGGUCAUCCUAUGGAUCAUACGGGUCUUGUUCUAGAAGCUGUGGAGGAGGGACACGAACAAGGUCAAGGACAUGUACAAACCCUUCCCCUCAGUGGGGAGGUGACCAGUGCCCUGGAUCUUCCACCCAAUCACAGUCCUGCAAUACACACAUUUGUAUCUCUUUCGAUGUUCACGGGAACUGGGUGUCAUGGACUAGCUGGGGGUCUUGCACAGUGACAUGUGGUGGUGGUACCAAGGACAGGUCAAGGACAUGUACUAACCCUGCUCCAAGAUAUAAUGGAAGAAACUGUGUUGGAUCAGGGUCAAGCCGGACAACCUGUAAUACACACCACUGUCCAAUUGAUGGUGUCUGGGCGGCUUGGAGUUCCUGGGGCUCGUGCACGGUCACCUGCGGCGGGGGCACCAAGGAUAGGUCAAGAACUUGUACUAAUCCCAGGCCUCAGUACCUCGGAAAAGACUGCCCGGGAUCAGCUGAUAGUCGCACGAGUUGUAACACACACCACUGUCCCAUUGAUGGAAAGUGGGCAGCGUGGGGCAGUUGGGGCACGUGCACAGAGACGUGUGGUGGUGGUAUACAAUCACGCUCUCGCACGUGCACCAAUCCUACUCCACAGUAUAAAGGAAAGUACUGCACGGACUUUUCCUCGGCGACACAGAGAUGCAACACGCAUAACUGUCCAAUUGAUGGAGCAUGGGCGGCUUGGGGAAAUUGGAACACGUGCACAGUGACUUGUGGUGGCGGGACACAGGGGCGAAAAAGAACAUGCACAAACCCUGCACCUCAAUAUGGAGGCGCUAAUUGUCCCGGAAGUACCGAUUCCCGCCAAUCUUGUAACUCCAAUCCUUGUCCAAUUGACGGAAACUGGGCGAACUGGGGAUCUUGGAAGACAUGUUCUGUAACGUGUGGUGGAGGUACACAGGAUCGGGACAGGAGCUGCACUAAUCCCUCUCCUCAGCAUGGCGGAGCCAGAUGUCCAGGGACCAGUACCAGUUCCCAGAACUGUAACACACAAGUCUGCAUAAUUGAUGGUGCGUGGACAAACUGGUCUCAGUGGGGAGGAUGCAGCAAGAGUUGUGGAGGAGGUAAAAGGUCAAGGUCGAGGACAUGUGACAAUCCCAAACCUGCCAACGGCGGAAAGUCUUGUACCGGAGGCUCUGGUGAUUUUGGAGACUGUAACACUGACGAUUGUCCUACCGUUGCCGCGGGAACCUACCAACAACUUUGUCCGACUGGAUACUUUACCUGCAAAGCAGGAUCGAUGACUUGUAUUCAGAAGACCUUCCAGUGUGACUGUGCAUCGGACUGUGACGACGGCAGCGAUGAAACUUCGGACUACGCUGGUUGUACUAACACCCUGGAAUGUGGGGAGGGAGGUGCAGGUUUGAAUCUAGCUUCUUCUUUAGUGAUUAUGAUGUCAUUGAUCAUCUCUGUCUUCCUGACUCUUUGAGGGUAAACAGGAAUUUAAAAAGAAAAAAUCCCACCGGGGCUCGAAUAUCUGGAGGCCAUCAAAACGUUUACCAAAGAAAGACUUAAAAGAAAUAUAUUUUCCAUGUUUCAGUUUUUUCAUCGUUAGAUAUUACAUCAACACAAUAAAAUUUGCAGUUGUUAAUGAUUGUUAUUUCACUUCUACUUUAAAUAUCU